AUGUUGUUAUUGGUAUACUUUUUUACGUUACUUUCCACUCUGGUCAAUAAGAGUACUUCGAAUAAUUCUCUUCAAGCGAGGGCUACCUCUUACACCUCUAAAGGAACUUAUUGGGGUGGAAAUUGGGCCGGUGGAAAUUGUGGUUUCUCUACUUGGCCACAGCCAAGCAAUUAUCCUGAAAUUGCCAUCGCCGGAAACUUAUGGGAAAGUGGCGCAUACUGUGGCGCAUGUUUGGAAGUAACGGGACCAGAUGGAAAUGUCAAAGUUGGAAUUGUAGGAGAUCAGUGCCCAAGUUGUACUACCAAUGGACUUGAUAUGGAUCCGACCAUGUGGGCAGCAGUGACAGGUAAUGCUUCACCGUCGAUCAAAGAUAUAACUUGGGAGGUGGUCUCUUGCGGCUUCUCAACUCCUAUCCAGCUCAUCAAUAAAGUAGGAGUUUCCGCUUAUUGGUUCUCGAUGCAGGUAGCCGGAGCAAACAAUCCCGUGAAAUCAUUGGAAAUCUCUACUGAUAAGGGUAAAACUUGGACAACUACUACGCGCCAAUCAAGUUCAAAUUUUUUUCAACCUGAUCAAGCCAGUCAAGGAAAUUCUGGGAAUAUCCGAGUCACCUGUAAUAAUGGAAAGAAAAUUUUUACUGAGAAUGUAUCAUUCACUUCUUCCGGAAUUCAAAAUGGCUCUGGAAAUUGUUAA